AUGUUACUCCCCGAUCUUCCCAACGAGCUUCUGGCCUUGAUUGGCCAUUAUCUUCUGGCCGAAUCUCUGUGCGCAUUAACUCUCACAUGCCGCCAUUUGUUUCUGGUCUACCAGCCCGAGCUGGUACGUUCAAACGCCAAGGCGCUUGCAUGGGGCUGGACCCCGCUCUCCUUAGCAGCAAGGCAUGGACAUGACGCUAUCGUGGAACUGCUCCUCUCCGACCCCAGAGAAGAUCCCGAUCAACGUGAUGAAGAGGGCGAGACGGCACUCUUUUGGGCAGCGAGAUGUGGUCAAGCGCCUAUACUGAGGCGGCUUCUCGCCACAAACCGCGUCAAUCCGACUAGACAGAAUCACCGACACCAAACUCCGCUAUACGGCGCGGCAUCUAGAGGACAGCCUUUGACAACGCGAUUAUUGCUUGAUACACCGGGCAUCGAGCCGAACCCCAGCAACGAAUCGGGUCGAACUCCAUUGUGGAUUGCGGCGGCACAGGGACACGUUUCGACUGUCGAGUGCCUUCUAGCAGUUCCAGCAAUCGACAUCAACCGUUCAGACGAUUCCGGAAGUUCUCCGUUCCUAGCAGCGGCAAGUUACGGACGCGAAGAAGUGAUGGCUGUCCUAGCAAAGGAGAUACAGGUAGAUCUACGGGCCAGGGACAACCAUGGCAGGACAGCAUUAGCGAGGGCUGCUGGGAAGGGUCAUAUACGAGUAGUGCGUCAGCUCCUCAAUAUGGACCAGUUCGAUUUGGGAUCUAGGGACUUUGAAGGCUGGACCCCACUUGCCUGUGCUGCUUGGUAUGGGCAUACUGCCGUCGUGUCUUUUCUCGCUGAUCUGGAAGGUGUGGAUAUCAACAGCCGAGAUCACUUGGGGCGGACGCCAUUAUUCCUGGCUGUACGUAAUGGGCGGUACGAAGUAGUUAAUUAUCUUUGCAAUAGAGCAGACGUGGAGCAGGAUGUUACCGAUUCUACCGGAAAGACGUUACGAAUGGCGGCCCAGGACAACGAAGACCGGAUAAUGCUCGCAUUACUAGGAUCCUUUGGCUUACGGAUAGACGAGCCACUACCGCUCACGCUCAAGGACGUUUUGCACAUUGUUGGCUUCGUUAUUGCGUUGAUAGCUAUGUUGGCGGGCAUCAGGAGCGGCCGCUCCGCGCUACCUCAGAGGAGCUACUGUGGAGUCAUCCUCGUGAUGAUUGUUCAUUUGGGGGCAAAUUUGAUCAGUUCAUCCUUCAAUGCCUCUUUCCCGGUCUGCUUUUCCUGGAGGUUCGUGCCGUGGGAGCGCUUCCUAUCCGAGUCAUUGGGCGACAUCAAUGACAUAUGGACGAGGCAGAAGGCAGCCCUCAGCCGGAGGCUCUUGUUCGCACCCGAUAACAUCCAAUUACUGAAGCGGUCAGCGGAAGAUGCAAAGCGCGAUGCCAAACAGUGGGCGGCCUGCUCUGGAGAUGACGGAUGCAACAGCGGCGUCGCGGAGGCGGGAGAUGGUGGUGGUGACGGCGCCGGUGGUAGAGACGAGGCAGACGUGCAAACCACGUACUGUUGCGGAAGCGCCGGUGAUACUACGCGGCUGAUCGACGUCUUGAGGAGCGCCGGCGGAGCAAACCAGAUCACGGCAGGCUCGAGUGAGCUCUUGGCGAUGACGCAAAAGCUCUGCCCAUUCCAACACGCCGCUCUGGGCUCAACGGCCGAGCUGCGUGCCCGGAUAGCAUCCAAGCCAGAAGCAAGAACAGUGGCCUUGCCUGGAGGUCUGUUCACCGGAUCCGAAGUCCCAGCACAGAGGCUGUUAAGGUCCAUUAAAUCGCAACAGACUAACGCAUCGAGAGAGAUGGAGAGGAUGAUCCAGGGCAUUCAGGGCAUCCAGGGCCUGACUGACCACAAUACGGCCGGCCGAGACGCAUCCGUGAACGCUGUUCUGAGCGGUUUCGGGGAGCAGGACGUCCAGCUGUCCGUUGCCGAUGUUGAGGAGAGUAUGCCUAACCGCGGCCCCGCGGCUAGCGUUCAGUUGGGACCCUCGACAUCCUUCCUGGCAGCAGGAAGGCAGCUGGCUGAACGCUUCACGCUCAAUCACAAGCAGUCGGUCGCCUUCUUGCUCCUUUGCCAGCAGCUCGACCUCAUACGCGGCGGCGAGAGUACACAUGGCCAACCUGCUCCCCAGCUAUACCAGUUUAUCGGCGGCGAAGGCGGAACGGGGAAGUCGCGGGUCAUCGAGGCGCCCGUCGAGCUCUUUGCCGGCAAGGGCGUCUCACAUCGAUUGACAUCAGCAAUUUGA